CCCAGCAUGCCGUCUGAGAAACCCCAGCCGGAACAGGGGUCUGGAGGGUGCCCCCACCUCUCAGGGGCACGUCCAGACACCGGGAGCCCCGAGACGCAGCCCCUGGGGGCCAAAGCUGUGCAGGAGCGUCAGUGGAUACGGCCCGACACCCCCAGCAGGUGCUCCUGGAGGCUGGGCCGGCCCCCCUCCGACUCGCCGCACCACCACACCAGCCUGACCAGCCCCCCCAAGAUCUUGCCAGAUAUCCUGAAGAAAAUUGGGGACACCCCCAUGGUGAGGAUCAACAAGAUCGGGAAGAACUUUGGGCUCAAGUGUGAACUCUUGGCCAAGUGCGAGUUCUUCAACGCGGGCGGGAGCGUCAAGGAUCGAAUCAGCCUGCGCAUGAUCGAGGACGCCGAACGCGCCGGGACCCUGAAGCCGGGGGACACCAUCAUCGAGCCCACGUCGGGGAACACGGGGAAGCUGGACAUGCUGGUGGCCUCGGCGGGGACGGGCGGCACCAUCACCGGCAUCGCCAGGAAGCUGAAGGAGAAGUGUCCCGGGUGCCAGAUCAUCGGGGUGGACCCCGAGGGCUCCAUCCUCGCGGAGCCAGAGGAGCUCAACCAGACGGAGCAGAGCGUGUACGAGGUGGAGGGGAUCGGCUACGACUUCAUCCCCACCGUGCUGGACAGGAAGGUGGGGUCUGGCUGGACUCCGGCAGAGCUGGGGCACGGGCUGGGGCUGUCCCUGGGGUCCCCUGUGGGGUUCCCGCCCUGACCCCGCCCUCCCGCAGGGGGCAGCUCGGGCAGUGCCCUGGCCGUGGCGGUGAAGGCGGCCCGGCAGCUGCGGGAGGGCCAGCGCUGCGUGGUCAUCCUGCCCGACUCUGUGCGCAACUACAUCGGCGACAAGUCCGGCCAGAGGCAGCCGGCGUUCAGGGUUGUGACCACCGGCGACCUGCUCGGCUUUGUGGCUGCCCGGGAGCGGGGGUGGUGGCGUGUGCGGGUGCAGGAGCUGGGCCUGCCCGCCCCGCUGACCGUGCCGCCCUCGGCCACCUGCGAGCAGGCCGUCCAGCUCCUCCGCGAGAAGGGCUUCGACCAGGCGCCCGUGGUGGACGACUCGGGGGCGGCCCUGGGCGUGGUCACUCUGGGGAACACGCUGUCCAGCCUGCUCGCAGGGAAGGUCCAGCUGACUGACCAAGUCUGCAAAGUCAUCUACAGACAGUUCACGCAGGUCUGGCCGACGGCAGCGGCCACCAGCACCCCCACGCCGCGGGUCCCGCCUGCGGGCUGCCCCAGACCACGCAGCUCCAGGGACGUGGAUGGUCGUGUCCCUGAUUCCGAAAAGCUCCGGAACCUCCUCCCCAAGGAGCCUCGCGAGGACGCUUCUGUCCCCUCCAAGGCCCAGCUGGCCCUCACCUCCGGGCCCGCUGUGGGUGCCUGA